UCAAACACAAGCAGUAGAAAUGGAAGAGAAACCAAGGAGAGCGUUUGAGAGUGCCGAUAUGACUUUCAUCAAAUAUAGUUACGCUGUCGAGGCUUCCCACAACAGUUGUAAUAACAAACUUAAUCACGUCGAUCAAUGCGAAACUCAAGUGGACUCGAAAGAUUCAACAGAUAUACAUGAUCACGAAUCCACCCACCACUCACCGGUGAAACAUGUGUGUUUACUUGAUAACAUUGGUAAUACAGAAAGGCAUGUGGCUCUUGUGGAGUCUUGUAAUGCUCCAGAGGACAAAGAAAAUAUUAACAGCCCAGAAGAGUCGAGAACAGGGCAACGCGAUGAUGGUUCUGAUCCAGGUUGCCUGCAAAUACACACUUUAAGCAGUGGUUCCAGCAGUCAGCAUAAUAGUGAAUCUAAAGCUGUUCCUGCACACAAUAUUGAUGAUGAAGACAUAUUCAGAAGAGCAAAAGAGGAGGGACGUGUGACCGUUGUCUUCUCGGGGCGAAUCACACAGGACGGCUGCUGUAGAUUUGUCUGUGAGCUUCUUAAGUGUGUCCUUUUUCAGAGGCAACAGCUACCCAUGACUUAUGACCAAAUGGUGUUCCUUCAGAAACAACAGCACAAUGCUACACAGACAGAGUGUGUGGUGAACCAUCGGCCUGUGAAGACCUUAGGGGGCUUGGACUGGCGUCGUUGCCAGCGGACAUUGCAGGAGCUGAAUGAAGUUCUGGCCCACCUUGAAGCCCUGUUUUCUCUUAGCCAAGUCCCCCGUGUGCUCUUCAUGCUGGGAGGGUCUAUCAUUCUCCCCACCGAGCUAUACGAGGUCAACAUGGAAGCUGUGGCCAUAGGGGCUGGAGAAAACAGCCUAAGGACUUCAGCAUGUCUAAGAAAGCUCUUCCGCACGCUCUUUGUGGCCGACCUUUUGUCGGAUGCGAAGUCUGUGCGUAUCAUGACCACCAACAUCAUGGCUCUGGGUCACCGGGAUUGUGGCGUGACUGGGUUCAAACCAAAAGUAGAUUUUAGGGUUCCCACAAAAGUGAAACGACAUGUCAUCUCUAUAGCCAGUGAUUUGUCACUCGUUGGGGAGCUACAAAAAUGUAACAGAGACGACCUGGAGGGUUAUAUGUGGUUUCAGGUUCCCAUCACUGUCAAAGGUUUCUGUAAAUGAAAAUUAAAUGUGGCCUAGACAGACGGGGAAUAAAGACAGAUUUCAGGGAAUGUUGGAAUAAGAUUCACUCCAUUCUCAGGGAUCACUGUGUCUAUUUUGGCUGUUGUUUUUAUGCUUUGUUCACAAGUAUUGUGUGGAUGUUUUAAAUAAUCUAAGGGUUUAUGACAAGUUUACAUGAUCACAAUCCAUUUUUAUCUUUCUAUACUUUACAGUAUAGGACAGUGGAUUUCUAAUAUUUUAAUUUGCUAAAUGGCAGCUUCUAAAACCAAAUGAAUGUGCAUGAUGAUUGUCAUCUCUUGAAACAACAGUUAAUUAUGUUUUUAUUACUAAACAAUUCUGUAGCAGUAUACAUUUUUAAUGAACACAAUGGAGUUUGCUGCUACAAAUCUGUACUAUUUAAAUAUUGCUUUUAUUUUGUGUAUUCAUCACAAAUAAUUGAAUCUUCUAGGUUCAUUAUAUUAAGUAAACUGAUAACUGUGCAGAGGUGGACGAAGUACACAACUUCCUUACUUGAGUGAAAGUACAGAUACUACUGGUCAAAUAUUACUCCACUACAAGUAAAAGUUGUAAAGACAGAUUCUUACUUGAGUAAAAGUACAGAAGUACGUGCUUUUAAAAGUACUCAAGUAUUAAAAGUAAAUUUCCUUUAUGUCAGUUGUGCAUUGUUUUAUUGUCGUAUACCUUAUGCCUCUGAAGCACCUACUGAAUACACCGAGUAGCUCACAGUAUCAGUGGUAUUAAAGGAGUAGUUCACUUCAAAAUUUGCCCCCAUUGACUUUCCAUAGUAGUUUUUAUUCCUACUAUGGAAAGUCAAUGGGGGCAAAUUUUGCAGUGAGCAACUCCUUUAAGAGCUUUAUAUGUUUAGCACACAUAUGUUUAGUUUAGAUAUAAUCCUGUAUGAUCAUUUAGCCUAAUUAUCCUCAUUAGCCCCCUAGGCCUAUAUGUAUUUAUGAGCAGUGUUCUUUUAUUUUGUAUAUUCCCUUUACCAGUUUUAGCAGCAAUUUACCAGUAAGUAGUAAGGUUCUUGUAAAUAGUAAAGUGUAGAAGCCAUGUGUUUGUUGGACUUAUUACCAUAAUUUAACUACAAACAUAAACUAUAGCUAGUAUAAUAAUGAAUAUAAUGAAACUAUGGUAUGUUUAGUUGCUGUGGUUUUACUAAAGAUUAUUAAUU